AUGGAAAAAUUAACGACAGGAACUUUAAUGCGUUUUGCUAAGAAUAGUAUUUGUGGUGAACAGCCUAUUUUACAAGUGCUGAAUAUUAAAUUAAUGGAUUCAAAACCAGUGAAUGGAUCUUCAAUGACUGCUAGCCAAUAUAAAAAAACUCAACGUUAUCGACUUAUUCUUUCGGAUGGCAAACAUUUUUUACCUUCUUGCGUUUUAACUGUACAAUUAAAUGAAUUAGUGGUAAAUGGCCAGUUACAAGAAUAUUCUAUUAUUCGACUUGAUCGAUAUUUACGUAGUGAUCUAAAAGGACAAACAGCAAAAAUGAUUUUACAAAUUCUUCAAGUGACUGUUUUGGAUAUAGCUACACAUAAAAUUGGAAAUCCUGUUUCAUUAUUGACAGUUAAUCUAAAUGAAAAUGAGACUUUAACAACGUCAAUAACGCAAAAUGUUCUACAACCAAAAGUUACUGGUUCAGUUUUCAAACAACCGAUAGUUCCAAUAACAAAUGACUUACCUACACUUCCACCUCCAUUGUCAACAACAAUGACAACAGAUGUUGAUUCGAUUAAAAGUAAUCGUCUAUUUAAAAUUGAAGCAUUAAAUCCGUUUCAGAAUAGAUGGACGAUUCGAGUUCGUGUUUCAAGCAAAACGCCAAUGCGUACGUAUGCAAAUGGUGAAGGUAGAUUAUUUAGUUGUGAUAUCAUUGAUGAAACAAGUGAAAUACGUGCAAAUGGUUUUGGCGAUGAUUGUGACCGGCUCGAGCCACUUCUAAUCGUUGGAAAUAUUUAUUACAUAACACAAGCUCAAAUCAAAUAUGCUAAUAAACAAUUCAAUACUCUGAAUAAUGACUUUGAAAUGACAUUUAACAAUGAAACAAUUAUCGAACCAUGUUUGGAUAAUAUACAACCAAAUAUACCAAUGCAACGUUUACAUUUUAUUUCAAUCGAUCAAAUACAAAACAUAGAAACAAAUUCAUUUAUUGACGUUAUUGGCAUAAUAAUUAGUAUCAAAGAUAUGAUUCAUGGAAAAAGUAAACAAAAUAAAGAUUAUACAAAACGUGAUAUUCUUAUUCUUGAUCGAACUGGUCAAAUAACAGCUACACUAUGGUAUCGAAUAGCUGAAAAUUUUCAAACGUCAACUGUUCGAUCUGUAAUCAUGUUAAAAGGUGCUAGUGUAAAUGAUUUCAAUGGAGGUCGAACAUUGUCUGUACUUGCUAGUACACAAGUACAUAUUGAUCCUGAUUUACCAAUUGCUCAUGAACUCCGUAAAUGGUAUCUUGAAGAAGGAAUGAAUAUUGAUAUGACAGAUCUUACUUUGCAAUCAAAUAAACAUGAGAAUAUUUCAUGGAAAACAUUUGGCCAAGUAGCAGAAUAUGAAUCCAGUAUGGCAUCCAUUGGUAAUAGUGAAAUAUUUCGAAUUAAAGCUGUAUGUACAUUUGUACGACAUGAUCCUGUAUAUAAAGCUUGUAGUCGUUUUGAUUGUAAAAAGAAAUUACAAGAUAAUAAUGAUGGAACAUAUUAUUGUUUAAAAUGUGAUCUAAAUUAUGAAGAUUUUAAAUUACUUUAUAUGACCAGUAUUCUUUUAUCAGACUCAACUGGUUAUCAAUGGGUUAGUUUUUUUGAAAAAGAAAGUGAAAUCUUGUUUGGUUGUCCACCGGAACAAUUUCCUUAUGGGAAAUCAAAAGAUGAUGAAGAGAAGGCUUAUCAAAAAUUAACAAGUAUAUGUGGGCAAGAAAAAAUGUUUCUUAUUCGUGUUAAAUUAAAUCAUUAUAAUAAUCAUGAUCGACUUCAAUUUACAUGUGUAGGCAUUGAAUCAAUUGAUGCUCGUCUUAUGUGUCAUUUAUAUCUGGAAGAUAUUGGUAAAAUGAGUUGUACUUUAUCAGAUUAG